UUCCACCCGAGCUUCCGAUACUAAUUCCACAAAUAAAUUAAAUGCGUGAUACGUUUUAAUGUUUGGUGUGUACGUUCGUGAGGUGUCCCUGAGAUGGCCACGCGCUAGUUCAGAAUGGUGGCCAACAUAGGCGGCAUCAAUUCUACCAAUGUGGAAGCGACGGCGUACAUCAGUGCGGUAGCGGGUUUCGCGGCUGUGGUCCUGGUGGUGCUUCUCUUCCUCGGCCGGCGCUGGUGCUACUCCUCGGUCUUCACGCGCAAAUGCUGUGAUGACAUCCUCGCAGUCAACGCUCACAUCGCGGAUCCCUGCUCAACUCUCGACGAUGCACAAUUCGAUGCUUUGUCGAAACCGAACCAUUAUCCCGAACGUAUAUUCGCGUUCGAAACCUCGGACUCGGACGAGGAGCUGCGUUUGCGCAUACAACAGGACAAAGAAGAAGUAGAGUGUCAUUAUGAGGAGAAGAAUGAGAACGUGUCGGCGCCGGUCAAGGUGGAGGUGCAGCUCGUAGAGACCGCGUUGAGGGAGACCAGGAUCGAUGAGGUGGUCCCCAAGAAGUCUGACUACAUCCACACCCUGGAGGCACAAAGCAGCGUCGAUAGCGAUGUUCUUGCGCAUAAUGAUACGUCGCUGUUGUGUGGAGAGAAUGCGGAGAGCGGGGGCGGGAGCGGCGCCGGCGGCGGGGGGCGGGGCACGGUGGAACUGACGCUGCUGUACGACGCGCCCGUGCGCAGCAUGACGGUGCACGUGCUGCAGGCGCGCGCUCUGCCACAGCGAACUCCCCCGCAGCUGUUGCAGAGCCAGGCGAGAAUUGUGCUGUUGCCACUGAAAAAGCAAAAGUUUAAAUCAAAGAUUCGUAACGGCGAGAACCCUCAGUACAUGGAGAGCUUCGUCCUGCACAAGAUUAAUCCCGAGGAUGUGCACGGGCUGGGUCUUCGGAUCCGUAUCUACGGUUGCGAGCGCAUGCGUCGACAGCGGCUGCUGGGCGAGGCGGCAGUCAGCUUCGCCGCGCUCAACCUCGAGUUAGAAAAUAAUCUGUGGCUAGAUCUCGCGCCGCGCCUGUCCGGCGCGGUGGCGGGCUGCGGCGGCGAGGCGUGCAGCCUGGCGCGCUCCGACUCCGCCUCGUCGUGCUGCAGCGCGCGCUCCGCCCCCGAGCUGCUCCUCGGCCUGCAGUACAGCUCCACCACGGGACACUUGUCUGUUGAGAUAAUAAAGGGCACACACUUCCGCAAGCUGUCUCCGCACAAGGCACCGGACACGUACGUCAAGCUGUGCCUCAUCAGCUCGCUGGGCAUGGAGAUGGGCCGCUGCAAGUCCACCACGCGCCGCGCCCAGUCCAACCCACUCUACAAGGAACUAUUUAUAUUUCAGGUGGCGCUGUUCCAACUGACGGAAGUGACGCUGAUGGUGUCGGUAUGGUGGCGGCGCAGCGUGAAGCGGAAUGAGAUGGUGGGCUGGUUCUCGCUGGGGCACAGCUCCUCCGGCCGCGACGAGCAGCGCCACUGGGAGGACCUCUGCCAGCGCCAGGGCGAGCAGGUACAACGGUGGCACGUGUUGCUGGACUCCUGACGGGGUCCGACGUAGCGUGCCUCCGCAGCGCGCCUGGCAUUGGACUCAGAGAUAGCAUGAAUGUGGCCGCACCGACACCCGGUGCUUUUGCGUUGCGACCCCCUCGCUCGCCGCCACUCCCACCCCCAGAGGACUUCGGAGCGUCAUUCGAUUCAACUCGAUAUUAUUGUCGCUUUCUUUAAGACCCAGGUCUUUUGUCGAUUCUAGUUAUUAAACGUUACACAAACGUGUUGCUUUGAUCGUUUCAGCACAAACGAAUGUGGUAUUUUAUGAAUAUUGAUUCUCUCAAUCUUUGUGUGUUAAUGUCGUUUGUUAAUAUCAAUUAUCCCUUUGGGUAAGCACGCUUUUGACUGAUCGAAAGUGGCGUACGUUGAAAUAAUAAAAUAUAUAUGUAUGUACACAUUUUUAAUGUUAAUUUAAAUCUAUAUGAG